CAAACCGGAUGACAAGUCUCCACAGAAACUUUACGCACGGAGAGCGCGCACAGAGUUUGCGACCACGCGUGGGGGUCCCUCCCUCCCAGGCUGUCCGUGGCCUGCUUGCCCCGGCGGGUAGCUCCAAGACUCAGUCAAACCCUCCUGAUCCCCCAUUUCCCUCUCUCUACCUUUCCUCUGAAGAAACAACCCGGCGUUACGUCAGAAAGUGCAGGGCAAGCAAGACAGCGUCUUAGGAGCUAUUCGCAGGCAUUGCUGCCAAACCCGGCUUGGGGCUGCUCACGAGCUCACUGCAGCCAAUGCAAUUGACAAAUCCAACUCUUUUAAAACAGCAGCAGUAUGUGGUAAGUCAAUUAUUCAUUCAUACUGUUUUAUUUCCCCGCUGGGAUUUUUUUCUCACAGCUUUCUUCACAUGACAGGUCUCUGUUGCUGGCACAAUUGCGCAAAAAAAAUCCAACAGUGUAAACGGUGUAAAGAUAAAGAGUAGGCUGGUUUACCCUGUAGCCUCACUGAAAAAACACCAUAACAUGAUGAACCAACAGAGAUUUUUGACGCACAAAGAUUUCUGCAGCAUUUUUUGUGUUUGAUUCUUUGCUGAUCUCAAAAAAAAAACAACAUGCCCCACGCACGAAAUAGGAACCCUAGCCCCAUCCCUGAGGUAACAUGGGACACGGGAUUGAAGGAGAUGAACGAGACCUGGAAGGGAGCAAUAGCCUGUCUCGGAGUGGCCGUCUUCUUUGUCAUGACCAUCGGGAUCAUAUACUGGCAAGUGGUGGACCAGCCCAACAAGAACUGGAUCCUCAGGGGUACUUUUAGCGGACUUAUUUGGGAGAGAAGAACCCAUUCGCUGGUCAUACAGACCUUGACGGAGGACAAGACCUAUGUGGAGAUAGACGUGGGGAACGUAGGGAACCCAGACAUCGAGGUUCCCUUCGUGAGGAACCUGUGCUGGCUGAAUAAAACGGAGUUCUGCUAUACGUGGGACUCGGUGGCCGAGGUGAAGAUCUCUCUGGAGGUGAACGAGGAGACGGAGACGGAGUGCUACAGUAUGACUUGGGCGCCGGUGCACUGUCAUGUGGAGUUGAAGGACUGCUUCUCCAUGACCAAUGUAUCCUGGUACGGCGGCGCCAGUGUCCGGGGUCAGACCUGGCCAAUUAAUGAUCAGAACGCCACAACGCAGCCCUUCACUGUGAGUGAUCUUAAAGACAAUCCCUCUGGCUUUGGAUCUGCCCUGGAACGCUACUUCCUGGGCUCAUCAGGUGUUGCAGUGCUUGUAUCUCCUGAUAUUCCCUUGCAACUGGGAUUGGACAGCAGACAGCAGUUUUGCCUACAGUCGCUGCCCAGUAUGGAGCGUGUCCCUUUACAGUACACUGUGUGUGUGGCCCACAAUGUAAAAGCUGCUCACCAGGAAGCAGUGCAACAAUUCUCUCAGCAUACCAGGGAGCUGCCCAACACGAAGGCGCUGUGGCUGCCAUUCUGGAAGCUGCUCACCAAUGUGGAUUCAGGGCAGAAGGUGGAGAGGGAGCUGAGGACCUUCUCUAAUCGUAUAAGGAGACACCAGCUUGGGGAGGGAGUCAUCAGCCUCAAUGAACAUUCCACCACCCUCCUCUCUGAUAUGGACCAUGACUACCUCAACAGCAGGAAAAGGGGGAUGUCCAAGAGACUGACCAGGGACCUCCCACUUGUCAAGCUUCUUAACAUUUCCAUCACCCUGUCCCCUUUCCUUGGCGUGGACACCACGCAGUUCCACAACUCCCUCAUGGACGGCACUGAGGCCUACUGGCUCAGUCUCCCGUCAGCCCCCCAGGGACAGCUGAUCCCUGUGAUGAGUCAGUGGCGAGGAAAGUUCUGUGUAAAGCUAAACAUCACCAACCCUGGAGCGGUGAGCUGGUUCCUGGACAGAGUGGGGUCCCUGCAGGCCCAUUUGGGGAUGGAGUAUGUCAUGCUGGAAGGGGGCGAAGGAAAUCUGUUUGAGGAGCAAGCCCUGCGACCUCCACAGGCUUUCAGUGGAGACAAAUAUAUCAGUCUGCUGGCCGACCUGGCCACAAGGAUAGGAGACUCCACCAUCGUGACAGCAGGCACACGGUCAAGCCACAAGCCUCUGUUUGUGAGGAUGACCCCCUUGCAGUCUGACUGGAGCCCAAUGGGCCUGAAGGGCAUCAUUCCCUCCCUGCUGCACCAUACUCUGCUGGGAUACAACUUCCUCAUUCCUGAUGCAGUAGGUGGCUCUCAGUCUGGAGACCUGGUCACAGAUGAGGAGUUGUUCAUCCGUUGGCUAGAGAUCACAGCCUUUCUCCCUGUUAUCAGCUUCCACACACCGCCAUGGGUCUGCGGAGAAGACCGGGUACUAAACCUAACUCGGUCCUACAUUGCAAAGCACCAGAGGGAUGUGGUUCCACUGAUAGAAAAGUAUGCAGAGGAGUGGCUGAUGACGGGUAACCCCAUCUACCGACCAAUGUGGUGGCUCAGUCCCAACGACCCCAUGACCUUCACCAUCAAUGACCAGUUCCUCAUUGGAGACGAGGUCCUGGUGGCACCAGUGGUGGAGAAGGGGGCAGUGCAGAGGGAUAUUUAUUUACCCGAUGGGGGCUUCCAGUGGCAGGACAGCCAGAACGCUCAGGUGUACGAUGGAGGCACGUUCCUACAGGACUACCCUGUGCCCUUGGAGGAGGUGGCCAUUUUCUUACGGAGAAGCUGAGUCAUGUGACUGAUCCACCAAGUCACCUGACUUUUUUUUUAAAAUACUUGUGCUGUUCUCAACUUGCACUUUUCCACUAAAGACCAUUGACCCUGUCUCAAGACCCUGUCUUGGGAUGAUAUGUAGAAAGAUCUUUUUAUACUUGCACUUUACAGUUCAAAAUGAUUUGUGUUUUUUCUCCUUUGUGACAGUUUUUUCUUCCUUUUUUAAAAAUGUUAAUUAGUUUUACCUCUUGGCUGAUUUGUUUCCGGAAUUUUUGAUCUGUUCUGCUUCUUUUUUUUUUCUUUUUUUUUUGUAUGUAAGUUUCAGAGAAAUCUCUGCAUUUACAUACUGCAUUUCUACAGUCUUUAAAUUUUUAGCUGCUGCUGGCUCUCUUGAUAAGGAGGAACAAAGCAAGCCCCUUGUUUGCUUAAAAAAGAAUCUGAAUCUUUCAAGAAGACCAAAUGAAGAUAUAGAAGGACAAAGGAAAAUGUUUGAAAGGGUUUUUUUUCGGGAGAAAUGCUUAUUGGGAGGAAGUUAGCUCACAGAGAGCGUCAUACCAAGACCUACACACCGUGGUACCGUAUGUCUUGCUUACUCAUCACAAAGGCUUUUACUUGAACCUAUCAGGCCAAUGGGCCGAUGUUUUAUGAAUGUACCUCAAGUUAUGGUUUUUCACUGCUUUAUGGAAUCAUCACACACAACAACCCCUUAGCACUUAUUCUUAGAGUAGUUUUACUUAAUUUAUCAACAUACCACUCUGUUGGACACAUCUGAAUGUCCCUUAGUACUGUAGGCCAGAUAAACAUGAGGCCAAGCCACUGUAAUUAUAACUCUGGCUAUGUUUGAAUUAAGAUGAGAUGUUACCUUCUUACUAACCUGCUGUAGUAAGGGCUUUUAAAUUGGCUGCUCUUUUCUUUUUGUUUUUUUUUGUUGGAUGUUGUGUUGAUUUGCUCUUUCAUCUUCAUGGGUGCAAAAUUAAGCUCUAAAGAAAGCCUUGUUGACGACACCGUAGAGGUCGAAAAGGAGAUUUUUUAAUAGAUAGUCCGACAUGUUGGGAAAUACACAUAUUUGUUUUCCUGUAGAGACUUAGAUUAGAGUAGAUUGAUACCAUUCUCAUGUCUGUACCAUUAAAUAUUAAAGGAACACUGUGUAGAAUUUGGUGACAUCUAGGGGCAAAGCUGCAGAUUGCAACCAACUGAAUACUGCAUGUAGGAGAACCUACAAUGGCAACUUGCAGAAAACUGGUCUGUUCUGUGCUACUGUAGAAACACGGUGAUGCACAUGGCUCUCUGUAGAUAUAAAUGGUUUAUUUUAAGGUGAAAACAAAAAACACAGUGAUUAUUAUUUUCAGGAGAUUAUGCACUAAACUGACUUUAAGUUGCCACAAGCAGCUGGUUAGCUAAUCUGGUCCAGUUUAACAACACCUACCUACCAGUACCUCUAAAGCUCACUAAUUGACAGUCUACAAUCUCUAUAUAUUCUUGAAUCUAAUUAAAUUUCAUUUCAAUUUACUUAUAUAGUGUAUAACAGAAGUUAUCUUACUUUCCAUAUACAGCAGGUUUAGACUAUACUCUUUGUAAUAUUAUUUACAGAGACCCAAACAAUUCCCAACAUGAGUAAGCGCUUGAUAAUGGUGGCAAGAAAAAACUUCCAACCACUUAAUCUGUACAAGAAAGCUUCGUAUUUAUCAUACAAAUGUAGAAAUGGUAUCAUCUUUUCAUCUCCUUUUCAACAAGAAAUCGAAAAAACAUAUUUCCCAAAAUGUCAAACUAUUUUUUCUAAUACGUGGGCGCAAGAGCUCUUCAGACACCAAAUACAAUGAUUCUCUCACAUGUAAGAAAUGUCUAUUGCAGCCGUCUUGGAUUUAGUAGAAAUCUUUGAAAGCAUACCUGUCAUUUAAGGCACAGAGGUGCAUCGGCCACUUGAGAUAAACCCUGACGAGUAAUCAAAUUUCUGCCCUCGUGUGUACCUUCACUUUGCUUACUCUUUGGACUAUCCUUGUAAUCCACUUCCAUCGCUAACUUUAUUUCAGUAGCAUUACUUAUAUAAGAGAAUUGUUUUUAUUUGGUUUGAACCCUGACUUAAUGCUUUAGCCAGAUGUUAUGUAAAUUAGAUUACAGAUGUUCUUCUGUGAUUAUAUUCAAAACUAACCCAUGAGGAAAUGUAAUCACUUUUGCACCAUGAUAUAUUGCUCUAUGUGCAGUUAGUUAGCUUUUCUUUAUUGAUUUGCUCCUCACAAGACAAUCUUAACUGGCCAGCAGUGAUGAUACAGACUCUUUGUCACUUAGUGAAUGCUUUACCACUAAAUUGAUUGUGUAACUUUGAUCUAUCAAGUUUACUGUAUCAACUCGAACACUCAGGUCUACUGAAGCUUAUAAAAUCACCAAAUGUCUUAGUGCAACACAGUAUGUUGUGAACACAUUGACGUCUUAAUCUAUCCUAAAGCUGAAUGUACAAUGGACAAACUGUGAUUUCCCAACCGAGCCCUCCGUGCGAGGAGCUUUUUGAGCUCCCGUUCUAAUGCUUUUAUGGAAUGCUGUGGUAUGUUCACGUAUAAGUUGCAGGAAAAAAAAAAGCUUUGAUGUGUUUAUUCCUUCCCUCUACAGACUGAGCGAACCAUGUGCCUUAAUAUGCCACUCUUAAAUCUGGACAACAACGAGUGUCUGGAUUAUUGCAUUAUCAGCAAUGUACAUAUUACGAUGACUGUGCCAUUACAAGUGUUUUUCUCUUCUGUAAAUCAGAGAACUUAGAAUGACAAAGUUGCAAUAAAGUUUACAUUUUCUUACUUCACUUCCUCGAGUAAUUUAGUUUUCUUUGAAAGCUUUAUUUCAC